UUUAAAACGACUAUUUAAAUUCUUACGUGACUUUUUGAAAUACCACCUGUUCCCCUGUUCGUCAAAAGAGUGAACAUGUGAACAACGUAUAAAUAAUGAAGUUGAUGUUUGUUUUAUUGUUUUGUUUUGUUUUGAUUCAAAAUUUCUUUAUAUUGCACAACAAUGCCUAAUCCCUAAUAUUUCUAUUCCAUAGAAAAUUUCUAUGAAAACGACUCUAACAAGGUGAGAGUGUAGAGUUCGUGUUCGUAGAGUAGAGUUAUAUAGUAGAGUGGAGGUAAAGGUGUGAUCAGUGUGAUGUCACACUUUGACUUUAUAACUGUGGUGAUGUGAAUGUGAACUACUAAGAACUUGAUUGUUCUUUAUAGUUUUGUAAUUAGGUGGUAUUAGUAUAGUAUAUUCAAAGUAUUACCAAGUAUUAGUGCCCAAAGCAAUAUGUCGUCUCCAUGGGCAAAAAUUGAGCAACCUGAUCCAGUAGAUCUGGAAGAAAUCCUAUCUGAAGAGGUAGCCAGACAACUGCAAAUAAAAAAAUACAAAAAAAUGACCCAAAUGAAUAAGGAAGACUUAAAAACUGCAGUAGAAUUACCUGACAGUCUGAAAACUGUGUUUGAUAAUAUUUGUGAUAGUGAAGAAACUUUGGUCAGGAUGCGGAAAACCCAUAAUGAUGACCAAUCCCAUAAAGUAAAAUUAAAUAAAUGUACAUUGCUUUACAAUUGUGGAGAAAAUUCUAUUAAUGCUGAUUUCGUCAGUGAUUCUGAUAAUGAAGAAGAAAUUUUAGAUGCUAAUGAAAGAAAAUUCUGGGAUAGAUUUGAAAAUUUAGAACCCGAAUUGGAUUUAAAACUACAGUGUCUUAACAAAGUUCCACAUAAAAGACAUAUGAAUGAAGUGAUGAGUGAAAUACAAAGAGUUUGUAGAUUGAAAAUAUUUCCACGUAAGCAUUCACUGAAAACCAGUAAAACUAUUGAAUGCUGUCCAGAAAAGUUCACAUACGCUAUACUUUAUAAAAUGAUAGAAAAACAACAACUUUUGAAAAACAUUAAUGGUAUUAUUGGUGAAGGUAGGGAAUCAAUAAUCCUUCAUGCCCAUUCAGAUCCCGCAUCCUUAUUGGGUUCUAACUUGCCUAAAGAAUGUGCCAUAAAAGUCUAUAAAACAAUUCUAUCUGACUUAAAAGAAUGUGAAAAAUUUGACGAAUCAGAUCAUAUAUUUCCGCGCAGAAAAGGAGGACGAGCUUCUGAAAGGAUUAGAAGUAUUUGGGCUGAGAAGGAAAUGAUCAACCAGAUUCUAAUGCAAGAGGCUGUAAUACCUUGCCCAAAAGUAGAAACACUUGGAAAAUUUGGAGGACAAGUUUCCACAAGGAAUAUAAGUAUUUGGGCUAAGAAGGAAAUGACCAACCUGAUGCUAAUGCAAGAGGCUGGAAUACCUUGCCCAAAAGUAGUAACACUUCGAAAAAAUGUAUUGGUGAUGGAGUUUAUUGGAAAAAACCGGAUACCUGCUCCAACAUUAAGGGAUGCUAGAAAGUUGAAAGGCAUUGAUUGGAGAAAUGCUUAUGAACAGGUGAUUGAGUAUAUGAAAAUUCUUUUUAACAAGGUUAAUUUGGUACAUGCAGAUCUAACUGAAGAUAAUAUCUUAUGGUAUGAAGACAAAUGCUAUUUUAUUGAUGUCAGUAAAUGUGUAGAGAAUAGCAAUAAAAAAUCAAUAUUAUGUUUAUAUAGAGAUUGUAUCAAUGUCACAGAUUUUUUUUCCAAGAAAGAUGUGGCCAGAAAUAUACCAGAUUUGACCACACCAAGUGAGCUGUUUAUUUAUAUAACAGGCUUUGAUUUUCACGACAGGGUUGCUACAGAUUUUUUUUUCAAGAAAGAUGUGGCCAAAAAGAUACCAGAUGUGGCCAGAAAGAUACCAGAUGUGCAUGUGGCCACACCAAGUGAGCUGUUUAUUUAUAUAACAGGCUUUGAUUGUCACGACAGGGUUGCUCUUCCUGAAAUAAAAGAAUCAAUAAAGUAACGUUAAAAGUGUCUUUAAAUUUUAUUGUUUGGCUGUGAAAGUGCUCUUGUAAUUAUUGUUCACCUAAAAAGCUAUUUAUUAAUUUUAUUAUAAUUUUGUUCAAUA